AUGACGGAUGAUGUGCUUCUAAACACAUAUAAGCACUCCAUCUAUGACUCGGAGAAGCACAAGACACUGGAAGGUUUGGCCAGCACUCAGGAUGUACGGAAAAUUCUUUGGAUUAUGAAGAAAAGUCUUGACGGAAGUGAGAUUCAAACUCAAGACUUUCCUCUGGUGAUCCACACGAUUUGCAGGAACUUUGCUGGCUACCUCUAUGCAUGGGAUUUUGUAAAGGAGAACUGGGAAAAAAUCACUCAAAAGUUUCCUCUUGGAUCUUUUCCCAUUCAGAGCAUCAUCAUGUCUACAACCAGUCAGUUCUCCACAAAAACUCAUCUCAUGGAGGCCCAGAACUUCUUCAGUUCUCUUGGGGCGAAAGGUUCUCAGAUGAGGAUCGUGCAGGAGGCCACUGAGACCAUUAAGCAGAACAUGCGAUGGAUGGAGAAUAACUUGAGCACGCUCCGGUACUGGUUGUAGUGUGAGGAGGAGACGGCUCCUCUCUUGUGCCUCUCACUCCCUCAGGUGAUGUCACCGGGCACAUGCAGGUGUUAGUGAUAUAACCCAUAUUACAGCCAGAGCCAUACACGUACAAACGUUAGAUCAAACUCAAAGCAGAAGGGCAGAUUUACUGGGAUGUAAAGGGCCUUUUAAAAACAUCUCUUUUCAGGGCUUCUUAUUGGGAAUUUUCCAGUGAACUCUAGCCAGAAGCUUACUAGGUAUCUGAAAACAUUUAGCCUUUAAUACCAGCUACGUAAAUGUACAAGUCUGGAUAUUAAGCGUAAAGCAGAUGUAUUUUCUUUCUUUUAAGUUCUGAGUGAAAUGAAAGGGUAAAGUAAGCAGCAUAUGAUUUCCUGUGUCAUAACUUUAGUGUUGCUGCUUGGAAAAGGUUGGCGUGAUUUCUUUUGGAGGGCCCCAACUCGGUAUAUGUAUGGCUCUGGCCUCAAGCGCUAUUUGCACUAUACAAAAAUUCACCUCGCUCAGGGCAAAUCUGGUUGUUGUUUAAAUAUCAUGAUGCAUUUAUUCCCUUUUACUUAAUGUCGUUGGCUACAGACCAAAACCUCCCAUCAGUAUCUCUUAAAUAUGCCCUUAUCACGUAAUGCCAAAAACAAUAGUUGAAAUACUGAAAUCAUGUGACGUCAAGAGAUGUCGCAACAAGCCCCUUUCUUCUAAGUAUAAAAGUUUUAUUUAUGUAUAUGUUGCUUAUGUUUUUAAUCAUUUGCAUAGUCUGCAAUGCUUGUAAUCCAGCACUGUGUAAAUGUUAUUGCCUGACAAAUGUUCCAACUUUCAUCCUUUGCACAAGAUUUAUUUUAAAGUUUAAUUUUAGAGUUGAGUGUGUAUAUUAUGUAUUGUUUGUGCAGGCUUGCCUAUAGGUUAAAGAGAGUUUGUCAUUGGAAAGAUUAAGUUAGUAUUUCUAAAACAUAAGCGUGGAUUUUAUUUUGAGCUUUGCUAUGUACGUUCUGAUGAAGCUGAAAUAUUUUAGUUUUGUUGUAAGAUAUAGAAGAGGCAAAGAAAAUGUGAACUCAAACUCGUUUUACCCAUAUGAUUUGGCUCAGAGAGAUAUUUAUAUAUAGAUGUUACCAAGUUUGGAGAAGUCUUUGUGUACAGAGCUUUAGUUAAGGGUAAUUUGCUGUCGUCAAAUUGCUAUAAGACGAAAAAGGCCUCUAAAGUCACAUCACUGAUGGAGAGUUGUUAGAUUUUUUUUUACUCCUUGCUCAUCUUCACUGGUUGCUACUGAUUUUUUUUUUUUUAUUAUUCACCGAUUUUCUAGCUUUUCUGGAAUUGUUUUUGCAGAAUGCAAAUGCAUUUGUCAAGACGGACAUUUAUGCAUUUAAUUUUAAUUUUGUAAACUCAUAAUACAGGCCACAGAUACACGCACACAAUUUAGCUUUAUUUUAAUGAACAAAAUCUACUGGGAUAGCAUCAUCAGAUGAUGAUGUGUGUGAAUAUUUGUAUGCAUGCAUUUCUAAUAUCGUUUUAGCUCCAUACAGAUUUUGUUCUUUCCAUGCGUGUGAAAAUCUUUGCUCACUGUGAGUAAAUUAAUACACUUCCAGGUUUUUGUUUAUAGCUCAGUGCUUUGACCUCAUAAAAUGUCAUAUAUGACUGGUACAUUGUAAUACAGCUGGUACAUGGUUAUUAUUUCUUUUGUUGUAGUUAUUUUGCCUUUGCUCAGCAGCUUUAUUCAUAUAUUCGUGUUAGAAGUGAAUGAUGGUCUUUAUAGGAAGGACAACGGCAGCAUUGUUACACUGUAAUAAUGGACACUUCUAAUGUUAGUUUUGAGCGUUACAGUUAUCGAUGAAUGUAUUCAUGUUUAUUACUAUGGAUCGGUUUGAACACAAACAUUUUGAUUGUAAUUCCCAUGUAUCUGAAUUCAUCUGGAUUUCUAAUAUGGUCAAUUAAACACAAUGAAGUGUUGAAUCAGUUUUCUGAAAUUAUUUAGAUGUCACCGUUUCAGUUGCCAUAAUUUAGGAUUCAUAUGUCCUUCAUGGGGAGUUUUGUGUUAUUGGCUGCCAUUCACAAAAUAAGUAUCCAUGUAAUUUUUUUUUUUUUUCCGUGUGUUUGUGUCGUGGCUGCUUAAUAGAAAUGCUAUUUUGAAAAGAUUCCAGAUGUUGAACGUUUAAACUUGACCGUUUAAAGGAGAAAUAUGCUUGCUUGUGAAACAUUUGCUGUGUUAAAUGAUUUGAAAACCUUCUAAUGCCUGAAGAAACAAUAGAUUUAUUUGUUUGGCCAGGUUGCAGGGGAAAGUGUCUUAUUUUAUGUUGUUCAACAGCUUCACACUGGGUUUGGAUUCUAUGUUUUUAAAAUGUUGCUUAAUGAAAAACCACUGACCCAACUUUAUAAAAGACAAAAAAUAAAAUAAAAUGUGUGCACAAA